AUGCCCGCUCCAUUGUGUGAUGGAUUCUCUGUGCUAAUCAGGCAGCACAUUUUUUUCUUCUACCAGCGCCCGGACAUCCUGAAUGAACACAACGAGCCGGUGGAUGCACAUAAGGACUGCAAGUUGACCAUCACCACCGGGGAGAACGAGCGGAUCAAGAGCUUCGCCGUCUACUUCCUGCGGAACGUGCCGCAAGACCGGGCCAUCAAGACGGACGUCUUCUCGGACCAGGAGCUCCUUUUUGGUGAGGUCACAGCAAAUCCACUGGAGAGCCUCAGUACUUUGGCAUUUCUUGGGGAAAACUGGGUCGACUUGGAUCGGAUUUCUUGGGGUGAUUCUUAG